CUGCCUGAAGCUCUCAGUGAGAUAGAUAAGUCACUGGCCACUGUCUCUUCACCCGUAAAAUACCGACCAAGUGUGGCCCAGGAGUUCCCACACACAACCAGCAGUCAUUACAGGUAAAGACACAGAUAAUCUAAGAAUGGAGCCAAAAAAGAAAGUGGCAUGCUGCGGCUAUCCUAUCAGCAUCUUCUUCAUUGUGGUCAACGAGUUCUGCGAGCGUUUCUCCUACUAUGGAAUGCGAGCUGUCCUGGUGCUGUACUUCAGGUUCUUUCUGCAAUGGGAUGAUGACUUGGCCACCUCCAUCUACCACACUUUCGUGGCGCUCUGCUACCUGACUCCGAUCCUUGGUGCCAUCGUGGCCGACUCCUGGCUUGGCAAGUUCAAGACCAUUAUCUACCUGUCCAUCGUUUACACUGCUGGUCAGGUUGUCAUGGCGGUAAGCGCUAUUCAUGACAUCACCGACCACGACAGGGACGGAGUUCCGGACAAUAUGACCUUCCAUGUGGCCAUGUCUAUGGUUGGCCUGUUCCUCAUCGCCGUGGGAACUGGAGGCAUCAAGCCCUGUGUGGCUGCCUUUGGAGGAGACCAGUUUGAAGAUCACCAGGAGAAACAGAGGAGCACCUUCUUUUCCAUCUUCUACCUGUCAAUCAAUGCUGGCAGUCUCCUGUCCACCGUCAUCACUCCCAUCCUCAGAGCCCAGGAGUGUGGUAUCCAUACCCAGCAGAAGUGCUACCCCCUGGCCUUUGGCGUCCCUGCAGCCCUCAUGGUGGUGGCUCUGGUGGUGUUCAUUGUGGGUAGUGGUAUGUAUACCAAAGUGGCUCCCAAAGGAAAUAUCAUUAUGGAGGUCUGCAGGUGCAUCGGGUUUUCCAUUAAGAAUCGCUUCAGGCAUCGUAGCAGCCAGUACCCAAAGAGAGAGCACUGGAUGGACUGGGCCAAUGAGAAAUAUGAUAAACUGUUGAUUGCCCAGGUGAAGAUUCUCCUGAAGGUCCUGUUCCUCUACAUCCCUCUGCCCAUGUUCUGGGCUCUGUUUGACCAGCAGGGCUCCAGGUGGACCCUCCAGGCCACUACCAUGGACGGCAACUUUGGAGCCCUCAUAAUACAGCCAGACCAAAUGCAGACAGUGAACCCCAUCUUGAUUCUGGUGCUGGUCCCUGUUGUGGACAGCUUGUUGUACCCCCUUAUUGCAAAGUGCAAGCUUAACUUCACACCCCUGAAGAGGAUGACUGUGGGCAUGCUUUUGGCUGCUAUGGCUUUUGUGGCUGCGGCCCUGGUCCAGCUUCAGAUCGAUGAAACCCUCCCGAAAUUCCCAACAGGUGUUGCUGGGCAGAUUAAAUUCCUGAAUUUAAACUCUAGGGAGGUGAUAUUAAAUAUUAAUACAGGACAAGAUUCCCCUGUCCAACCUUUCAAGUCCUCAGGGGAAUACCUGACAUUUGACAAACAAUUCAUAGUGUCUCUCAACAAAAACCAGACCUACCGUAUAACUCUGAAGUCUCAGACAAGGCACACAGCUCUUAUCACUCCAGCAGACCCUGAUCCCCAUCUUUAGGUUGAAGACAGUAACAAAAAACCAGAGCAAGGCAACAAUGAUAUCAGAUUUAUCAAUGCUUACCACGAUGAUUUGAAUGUUACCGCUGGUUCACUGGACUUUGGGGCCAUAUCACAGUACAAGAGCUCAAGCUAUAAGCUGGUACCCCAGGGGAAUCCUACAUUCAUCAUCAGAAACGCAGCUUUGGAACAAUGUGAAUACACCAGGCCCCUAGGCUUUGGCAGCUCUCUCUCCCUGGUCAUCCCCACCUCCUUCAGCUUUGGUUCUGAUUGUGGGAACAGCAUCCAGGCAGUGGAGGACAUCCAGCCCAACACCAUCCACAUGGCUUGGCAGAUACCCCAAUACUUCCUCAUGACAGCAGGAGAGGUCAUCUUCUCUGUCACUGGUCUGGAGUUCUCCUAUUCACAGGCACCUAGCAACAUGAAGGCUGUGCUUCAGGCUGGCUGGUUGUUAACUGUAGCAGUGGGCAACAUCAUUGUUCUGAUUAUAGCUGAGGCGGCUCAGCUUCCAGACCAGUGGGCCGAAUACAUCCUAUUCGCCUCCCUGCUGGUGGCUGUGUGUGUUGUCUUUGGCAUCAUGGCGUACUUCUACACCUAUGUGGACCCGACUGAGAUCGAGGCCCAGUUCGCUGAAGUGGAGCCCGAGGAGAAGAAGAGGAAGAACAGCGUGGAGCUGGAGAAGAGGGACUCAGUGGAGAAACGCCAGGAUGAGAGGAAGGCUUCAAGUUCUUCGUCAAGCUCAGAGGAGGAAGCAGACAAGAAGUCCAAGAUGUAGAGCGACAACCACACAUUCCCUCAUCACACGACCCCCCCCCCCCC